AUGGGCAUUCCUCACCUUUUAAAACAUCUCUCCCCAUACGGAGUAUUGGGACCUAUCGACGGCGAUAGAGUCGUGAUUGAUGGCCCCGCCUUGGCAUACCACAUCUACCAUCUUUGCACAAGAAGCACUUCCGGAGUGCCUUCUUACGAUUUGCUUGGGAGAACGGCACUCGCAUGGUUGGACAAGCUCACAGACCAUGACAUCUCCAUCGACGCCAUCUACUUUGACGGCUUUCUCCCGGCGUCAAAGUCCGAAGUUCGCUUGGAGAGGAUACUCAAAGUGUCUUCGUCUUUGAAAGUAUACCGGUCAGGGUUCCCCAAUGGAUGCCCUGCGCGACAGAUAGCUUCAACACGCGUUUCUCUGCCUCCCCUCUUCCCGACCGAUGCCCCAAAAAGAGACCAGCCCCCCAUACCGCCACCGCCGUUUCUAGUCGCCGCUGUUGUCGAUAAGCUCUAUCAGACUACCAAGUACGGUACCCUUGUCCGCCUAGUGCCCGGAGAGGCGGACGCGUACUGCGCCGAGGAUGUCCUCCGGAACGGGGGGACUAUCUUAACUUCGGACUCGGACUUGACAAUCCAUGACUUGAAGACUGGCGCCGUAGCCUUCUUCAGGGACCUUCAAGUCACCGCCUCCGAUGAAAGGGUCAGCCUUGUGGGCCCGAAAUUCUCACCGUCGGAUAUCGCAAAGCGUUUGCAGCUUCCAGAAGAGCAAGGUAUGCGAAGGUUCGGGUACGAGCUGUCCAAGUCCAGCCGGCCAAAGUUCGCCCAGGUUCUCGAAAAUUGUAAAGGAGAUGUUUCAGAUCCAGACGAGUUUCGCAGCUUCUGCAUUCCAUACGAUGCGCUGGAGACGACAGACUGGAGCCAAGUUCCGGUACUUAGUGGCAUAGAUAACCCCACACUCGACGCACGGCUAUCUGAGGUCGUCCUACAAUGUGUAGGAUACUCUGGUGUCGCGAAGCCACCUCCAGGAGACUCUGGUGCAGAGGGCUGCAUGAUGUGCCUGCCGCCUCUCUUGGACUGCCCAGCCCGCGCAAGCGCAUGGGACAGCAGCGCCUCUAUCAGGCAACUUGCAUACAGCUUGACAUGUCUACUGCGACCCGGGGCUGUAUCUCAUGUUAGGGAAUACCGAAGGGUAUACUCCGGGGCGAAUCAGGGAAAGCAUGUUGCUAUACUCCCCAGGCCGUGGAUCAAAGAUGCGGUGGAUACUCUGUUGAACACCCUGUCUCAAGCCAAGAACAAUCUUGAACACGAGAGGUCAACGUGGCCAGCCGUGGCGGUACAGAUGAUUAUCGCUUACUCGCAGGAGGAAGACAAGCAAGAUGCAUGCCUCAACUCCAUCAAGCAAGUCCUCUCGGUCGCCAAGGACUCGAAUCUCGUCCCAUGGGACGUCGUCCAUCUGUCAGCGCAGGUCCAGGCGACGCUCUACUCCCUUCGCCUCUUGGCCCAGGUCCUAGACCUCAUGUAUGUGACCAAAACAGAGAAGCCCGUUCAAGGUUCAAAACAGCUGCGCAACUUGCUGGCCACCCUACCGACUCUCACGGAGUAUCCAUCAGUGAACGGAACGAUAGAUCUACUAGCGAGCAUGAAGAGUCAUAAUACGCUGGCCAGGAUUGCAGAAGCACUUGGGUUGCCGGAAGAGGCUCUUUUGCCGGCGAGAGAGAACAAGAGUAGGAAGAAGAAGCGAAAGAAGAUGGCCCAGACUGAGACUGAAGUCAGGCCGGAGAAGAAGCCAUCAUUGAAUCCCUUUGAUAUCUUGGGAGCCGAGUGA